AUGGCUGCAAGCUCAGAACCGCAGCAACAGCCUCAGCAACAGCAGCCCCGCGAUGCUGAGGACGCGGAGAAGGGUCUCCAGGCCCAGACGCAGCCGGACUUGCGGGGCAGCUGUGAGAAUCCCAGCGCCGACAACGUUGACGAGGAGCUGGAAAGAUGGAACUAUCCUCGCUCGAAUAUUUUCAAGACUCUGGCAACAUUCUGGGCCUUUCUGGUAAUGGGCGCAAAUGACUCGGCGUACGGACCGCUGAUUCCAUACCUCGAGGAGCACUACCGGCUCUCCUACACGACGGUGUCUCUCGUCUUCCUCUCCCCUAUAGGCGGCUACACCCUCGCCGCAAUCACAAACAACACACUGCAUAUACACCUCGGCCGGCGCGGCAUUGCCUGGCUCUCCCCGGGAUGCCACCUGAUCGCCUACAUCGUCAACUGCCUGCACCCGCCGUAUCCAGUCCUCGUCGUUUCCUUCAUCUUCGCGGGACUAGGGAAUGGUCUAGCUGACUCGGCGUGGAAUGCAUGGAUCGGGAACAUGGCCGAUUCAAACCAGAUGUUGGGCCUAUUACACGGUCUCUAUGGUGUCGGCGCGGUUAUGGCGCCGCUUGUUGCAACGAGUUUGAUUACCGAGGCGAAGGUGGGGUGGUUUUAUUUCUAUUAUAUCAUGGUCGCGUGCGCCGCCAUCGAACUAGCCUUCUGCCUUUGGGCCUUCUGGGACUCCGACGCCGCCGCAUUUCGCGAAACCCAGCUCAACGUCUCCGACUUAUCAGCGCAAGCAGGAUCUGGGGAAGCCGGGGACGAGAAGGGCGGCGUACGCCGCGCCUUGUUUGUCCCCCGCUACGCCCGCGUCACUUGGAUUCUCGCCUUCUUCCUCCUUGGCUACGUUGGCCUUGAAGUCGCGAUCGGCGGGUGGGUGGUUACGUUUCUCAUGCGCGUGCGCGACGGCGCCGAGUUUGCGAGCGGGAUGGGCUCGACGGGGUACUGGCUUGGAAUUACUCUUGGACGCGUUGUGCUGGGGUUUGUGACGCCUAGGAUUGGGGAGAAAUUGGCUAUUGCAAUAUACCUCGUCCUCGCCAUCGCAUUCUGUCUAAUCUUCUGGCUCGUCCCGUCCUUCUACGCCUCUGUCGUGGCAGUCUCCUUCCAAGGCUUCUUCCUAGGCCCUAUGUUCCCCGGCGCCAUCGUGGUAGCGACCCGUCUCCUCCCGCGCGCCCUGCACGUCAGCGCGAUCGGCUUCGCGGCUGCCUUCGGAGCAAGCGGUGCGGCUAUCUUGCCGUUUGCCAUUGGGGCAGUCGCGCAGGCGAAGGGCGUGGAGGUCCUGCAGCCUUUUGCUAUUGCGCUUACUGUGGCGAUUUUGUUGCUUUGGGGUGCGCUCCCAAGGAUGCCGAAGGCUGUAUAG